AUGCAGCAUUGCACCCACACCCGCCACCCCCAUACCCCCACCCCACUGCUGCACCUGCAGCAGGGGAAGGAAGAAGAAGGGAGGGGGGGGGGGGCUGUGCAUGGCGCGUGCAGAGGGCAGCAGGGUGCGCACAGGGCAGCAGGGCAGCAGGGCGCGCAGGGCGCAGCAGGGCUGCAGGGCGCGCGGGGCGCGCAGGGCAGCAGCAGGGCAGUAGGGCGCACAGGGCUGCAGGGCAGCAGGACAGCAGGGCGCAUAGGGCGCGCAGGGCUGCAGGGCAGCACAGGGCUGCAGAUCCCCUCCCCCCACCGCUGCACCCGCAGCAGGGGUGGAGGAGAAAAAGGGGGGGGGGGGCUGAUGCUGCAACUCCCCUCCCCCCACUGCUGCUGCAGAUCCCCUCCCCCCACUGCUGCACCCGCAGCAGGGGUGGAGGAGAAAAAAGGGGGGGGGGGGGGCGGGGGGGGCUGGUGCUGCAGAUCCCCUCCCCCCCACUGCACCUCCAAGCUCCCCCCCCUCCCAACACAGGAUCCCUUCCCCCCCACUGCGGCACCCGCAGCAGGGGGAGGGAGAGGAGAAAAGGGCGGAGAGGAGGGGGGGGGGGGGGGGGGGGGGGCUGGUGCUGCAGGUCCCCUCCCCCCACUGCCGCAUCCGCAGCAGGAGGAGGUAGGAGAAAGGGCACGCGGGCAGGAGGAACCCCCUCUUGCCACCCCCUCACCCACCAUGGCGCAACAGGGCACCGGGGCCGCGGUUAGGGGCGACAGGUCGCGAGGGGCCAUGGCUAGGGGCACGGGGCCAUGGCUAGGGGCGACGGGGCCGGGCGCUGGGCAGGUACGGGGCCGGGCGCUGGGCAGGAACGGGGCCGGGCGCUGGGCAGGUACGGGGCCGGCCGCUGGGCAGGUACGGGGCCAGGCGCUGAGCAGGGACUGGGCCGGGCGCUGGGCAGGUACGUGGCCGGGCGCUGGGCAGGAAUGGGGCCAGGCGCUGGGCAGGGACUGGGCCGGGCGCUGGGCAAGUACGGGGCCAGGCGCUGGGCAGGUACUGGGCUGGUCGCUGGGCAGGUAUGGGGCCGGGCGCUGGGCAGGUACGGGGCCUGGCGCUGGGCAGGUACGGGGCCGGGCGCUGGGCAGGUACGGGGCCGGGCGCUGGGCAGGUACGGGGCCAGGCGCUGGGCGCGGAAUGGGGCCGGGCGCGGGGCUAGGUACGGGGCCGGGCGCGGGCAAGAGACGGGGCCGGGCGCUGGGCGAAGGACGGGGCCAGGCGCGGGCUUGGUACGGGCCGGGCGCGGGCUAG